CGCCAGAAGUAAUAAAAAAGAAACUGAAAAAAGGUGAGGUAUUUUCCCAAGAAAACGAAAGAGGAAUAUGUCUAGUCAAAUGGCGAGACAAACGGGAUGUCUUGGUUUUGUCCACAUGUCAUACAGACCAAAUGGUAGAAAUUCAACGCCGAGGAAAAUCUAUUCAAAAGCCCACAGCUAUCGUGCAUUAUAAUUCAGGCAAAAGUUCGAUUGAUCUUUCUGAUCAAAUGGCAAGCUACAGUUCAGCUUUACGGAAGUCCAUCCGCUGGUACAAAAAACUGGCAAUUGAAGUACUGUUGGGUACUUCAAUGGUAAAUGCUCACAUCAUUUACAAGGAUAUUGAACAAAGCAACAUUCCAAUAAACGAUUUUCGCUUAUUGGUAACUGAAGACUUGUUGAAAUUCGAAGAUAAACGCGAUGUUGCGCAAACUCGUCAGCCAAGACAUCAAAUUCUUAAAACACAUCAAUUUACCAGACUAGACUGUAAAGCUCGAGAAAAUCGUCGAUACUGCAAAGGAUGCUACCAAAAAAAGGUGGAUGGCAUUAUCGAAAAGAAUAAAGUGAAGAAAGUUACUACCUAUUGUCAACAAUGCGAUGGAAAUCCAAGAUAUUGCCUCGAGUGCUUUAACUUAUACCACAAUAAAUAAUUUGUACUAAUC